GAACUCUGAAAUCCAGCCUCCAUUAGUCGCAAUCAAUUCGACUCUCAGUAAGCUUUCGUUCCGUUGACCACUAAUUCCCUGAAUAGAAGGUUACGCUCAGCAAUCAUGCGGCGUCACUGUCUGUUAAGCGCCUUGCUCCUCCUCUCGGGCCCGGGUCUGGAUCAGUCGCGUUCGUUCCGCGUCGUCGCUUUCCAAACUUCAAGCGCGCCCCGCUCGAGUCUAUCACGGUGCACAACGGCACUCGACGCCAAGAGCCGGAAAGCCCGCCGGGAGGUUGAUCGCUCACGUCCUAAAUCGUUCUAUGACGCGAUCGAGGAUGCGCAAGACAAACCCGUAAAGGAAGGUCCGCCGCCAAAAAAGAAGAAAAAGGAGGGCAAGCCAUCGGACAACGAGGGUGUCGCGUCGGAUACCGAGCGACAAGUCCGAGCCACGGAAGCGCAACAACGCAUGGACGAACGUCCCGAAGUAUCCACCAUGAUCAUUGACGAGGAAACUGGUAUUGAAGUUGUCGCGCAGGGAAAAUCAGUCAUGGAUGUUGUGACCCGCAAAGCAGUCAAGUUGUCCUCGAUGGGUCCGGAAUACCGACUCGCACAAAUGUUUCCGGGGGUUCCACCAGCUGUCCGUGACGCCAUGCGUUUAAAUUGGCAAACUGCCGAAGUUCCUGACAUGGUGGAAGCCUUGCGGGAAGCCUGUUCCGUAAAACUCGAGGACGGCAAGCGCGGAAUCCCUCCGCACCCGUCCGUCGCGAAUAAGGCUAUCGACUUUGUCCUUGCCAAUCGUGACUACCUUGGCUCUAGAAUGAAAAAGACUCUAGGACGUCUGCAGAUGCGCAACAUGUCACUGGGAAACAAAGACGAAGCCCGGGAGUACCAAAAGCUGUGGCGCAACUUUUUGACGUUGGAAAAUCAUAUUUCGGCACCCUUUCGCCAGAUCAUAAUGGACGCGGAAGGUCGAGUCGGGCCCAACUUUGGGAACUUGGAUCUACAACAAUUUUGUGGCGGAGAAAUCUAUCAACGGGCAGCAAACUACUUGGUCCUAAAAGGCAUGGUGGCACAUUGGGAAAAGAAGGUGGUCGAUGCCGAAUACUUGGAACGUACCAAGCAAACGAAGGAGAACUAUAUUACAAUACUCGCUAGGGGCGACCCGAAGCGUUUCUUACCGGAUCCUCCCAUUCUCUUUACUUUGAGAGAAUGCAGCCAGGUGGCGCUCAUGUCACAACAAAUGACCAAGGCCUUUGUGGACACUCCUGAACUGUUUGAUGACCUUCCCGUCGAAAUUCGUUUCCUGGAAUCCGCCUUGACAAUUAAGGGUGGUACAGCCUUGCGGAAAUUCAUUGUGGAAGAAUUUUGCCCGGCCGAGGGCAUCUCACCGGAAGGACUCCGUGAAGGACUUCGACGAUUAGCCACUCAGCUUGAGAAUAUGCAGAUUGAUCCGUAUGCCGAUAUUACCAACAUCAUCGAACGACUAAACAUGGCCAUGUCGGUUGGGACAGACGAUGAGCGCAACCCUUACACUGCUUAUGUGGCGAACAAGGACCCGAAUGGCCCUGGCGCCUUUCAAACAUACACGUUCAACCAUGAGAAACUAUCACUUGUCCGAUUUUUGGACAGCCAGUACGAAGGGACAUCUGGUGUUGCGGAUCUUCCGAAACAGAGCGGGUUGGGCGGAUUCUUCAAUUUUGGUGGUACCAGUAACACGCCGUCAACAGCAACGGAAGUGACUAAAGACCGAAGCAAGUACUACAAGGUUCCGGACGCCCGUGCCGCCGGGCGUCCGCAUGAUCUCGGGUGGCUCGACAUGCUGAACGACGAAAAAGACACGGCUCGUCUAGGCAAGGUCCCUCCGGGAAGAAUUAUUCCCGACGAUGAAUAGAGCAAGAAAGCAAAUACUAGUUCUAACGU